GCCGGCUGAUGAAAACGAAGCCUACCAAGCACGAGCUCUCCUUCGAACCGUUGGACGCAGUCAGGGCGGUCACGCAACCCGGAGAUUUCAGGUUGAUCAAGCAGCCAGAGCUCUGUAUAGGCAAACUUCGAGCGCACAUUCAACAUGACGUCGGAAAUGUCAUUAAUGUCCAACAUGGAAUCAAGCAGCAUGGAGUCAGGGAGCGGUGACGAAUCCGGCUACACGGCUCCUGAGGUCAGCGACAUCGGAGGCGGAGGUGGAGGUGGAGGCGGAGGCGGGGGCAAUCCUCCUCCGCUGCCCCUUGUGAUUGUGGUCGCUCCUUCUGCGACAACCUCCUCGUCAAAGCCUCGCCCUCAGCCUCAGCCUGCUGAUCCUCAGGUUGGGCCAGCUGGUCGACCUGCUCCGCCACCUUUUCUACCAUCUAUUGGUAUUGCGUUCAGGGAGCUGAUCUGCACCGUGGGCGGCACUGCGGCCGAAUUCAAGCAGUUCCCGGAGGAUGGGCUCUGCCACUACAUCUACUACACACACGUGUUCAUCGACUCGAACGCCGCUGAAAUUCAGUCGACGCGCUUCGUCAGCAGCUUCAAGGUGUUCCAGGAACGCAUGCCAAAGUACAAGAAGACUCAAGGGGGGCUCUCCUUUGACGUGAGGGCGUCGAACAGUUCCAUCGUGGACAAGGUGCUCGGUUCGCUGAAGUUGCUGCAGGCGAAGAACAUCGUGCACUACGGCUCCCUCAAUGUCAUCGACAGAAUCGCCACCCUUGGAAAACUCGUAACGGGAGCUGUAGCUCUGGUCAAGGAACUCAAGCGGGUCCAACAGGGCGACGCAAAUAAGAGAACCGUAAUCGCCAUCGGCGGGAUCGGUUACAGCAGCGACCCCGCCUGGAGUAUGUACAAGGAUUCCAUCAAGCAAGCCGCGGAGGUGGGGUCCGGGAUCGACACCGUGAUCGCCAUUUCAUCGGUCAGCGGCUGGCUCGAGGAGAUGUACAAGUGCAAAACCGUGCCCCCGGCCGUCAUCACGGCCUCCAACAAGGACUAUCCAUCUCUGGAGCGGCACAUGGAGCUGGUGAAUGAGGCGAGUAACAGCAUCUACGGCAACAAGGACGUCUAUGUGGGCCUCUCGCUUGAGAUGGGUGCCUUGAUGUACACCUUUGACGUCAACCAGGCCAGCGCCCUCACUGGCGCACCUCUGUACAAGCAAUGCGAGGCGGCGAGCCUUGUGCCGCUGGACAUGGGUAGCGCGAGUGGCAGAAAGGCACACGUCAAGGACACCAACAUUGCUUACGGCCAGGAAACACAAAAGGUGGUCCUGGUGUUCGACGACAACGUUACUGUGGCAGAAAAGGUGAAGUACGUUCUGGAGAAGAAGCCACGGAAGCGCUUUGCCUGGCUCUACUUCAACGUGCACAUGGCCGACUUCCUGGACAGGUGCAAGAUGCGCCAUCCUUUCGCGCCAAUAUUUGCGCUGCGCCAGUACUUCAGCAUCGGCGACAAGCUGUAGCACGGCAAUAAAUGUGGCUGCGAGCGCGCUUCGCCGAUGCGACUGGCGCACGUGACCGAACUGUAUGUGAGCGAAGCUAAGUAGUAGGCGCUCCACGAGCUUCCUCGUGUUUUAGCGUCAGAAGGCAACGGCGCACUGGAGUCUCAGCAUAGACCUAUUUUUUUCAUGGGCUCCGCCAUAUUGCGGAGGCAGUGGCGCCAUCUAUAGGUAGUCGGCAUGCUGGCUCGGG